CUUCUCCUUCUCCCUCCUACCGCGGACCACUGACCGGUUCCCUCCAAGCUAGCAUAGCAUUAGCAUCCAUCGGUCACUCCCCAAGUUGCAAGCGAGGAUGGGGCGCGGGAAGGUGGAGAUGAAGAGGAUCGACAACAAGUUGUCGAGGCAGGCCACCUUCCACAAGCGCCGCCGCGGGCUGCUGAAGAAGGCACAGGAGCUGGCCGUGCUCUGCGACGCGCACCUCGGCGUCCUUGUCUUCUCCAGCACCGGCGAGCUCUACGACUACUGCAGCCCCCAUACCAGCUGGAGUGAGCUAAUUCAGCGCUACAAGGGCAUCACCAACGCCCAGUUGCAGGGGACAAAUCGUGAUGACGAUCAGAAACUGCUGGAGGAUAUCGCAAGGCUGAAGCGUGAGCGUGACCAUCUCGUGGCCAGCCAUCGGAUGAUGACCGGAGAAGACAUGCCAUGUUCAACCACCAAGGAGGAACUCGCCGAUCUGGAGCAGAAGCUAGAGUGCGCGCUGGGUAAAGUCCGUGAAAUGAAGGAUAAAUUUCUGAACCAGCAGUUAGAGGAAUCACGCCACAAGGUGAGCAUCUUGGAGGAGAAGAACAGCCUCAUGCGCCACGUGAUGAACCAUGACGAGCAGCCUCGUGCGGUAGUGGAGGCGGAGCUCAUGGCGCCGAUGAUGCUACCGGCGUCGGCGUUCGGGAGCUUCUUCCCGGAGGCGGAGGAGGAGGGAUUGUCCACGUCUCUGCAGCUGUGGCCGCAGCAGCUCCCCGACGUGCAGGAUCCUAGCCUGCAGUGAUGGUGAUUAACGUCAUUGAGAAGGAGCGAAACCUGACAGAAUGGGCCAGAAGUUAAUAAUUAGUUAAUACAUAAUUCGCAAAAAAAUAGUUAAUGAAUGUAUAUGUAGCUAAAACUUAAUACUCUUCCGUACUCCAUUCGUUUUAAAAUAAGUGUCUCGAGGGAGUAGCUCCUCAGUAGUUUAUGGACAAGUAUCCGACGUGCACACCGCCAUGCAGUUGACUAGUAGUAGACUACAGUGUUUUGUCAACACCAUAUGUACAGAAGUCCCAUUUUGCUCCACGUGAUUCCCGUAUGCUACUGCCGUACUGGCUAGCACAGUAGCACUCCCAUGUAUCACGUUGGUCCAUACGAAUUUACGGCAAUGUUCUCUUUGACACCA